CAUGCUUCGUCCUGAUGUUGUAAAUUGAGCCGGAGGUGACUGGGGAGCAGAGCGGGGAUGAUCCUAUGGGAUCUUUUCGCUGCUGGUGUUGGAUUUCCUGGGUGGGAGGAGGAAGAGGAGGAGGGGGAAGGAGAUCGCUGCUGAGAGAGGCCUGCCUAAAACCCACGCUACUUUAUACAGUCUUUUCUCUCGCGGCGCCCUUCGCACAUUUCCUAGCCCCAUUUCACAGAAAGAUACUCUCUGAGGGCAGCCUUUUACGUACAAUAUUUAUUACCCAUCACCACUACCUGCAUCCAGACCUUAUAGGUCAGGUAUGCCAGGGUCAGUGUUUCCUGUUAAUUUCCCAAGCAGUGGAGAUCUCUUUGGCAACAUGCUAGCCAAUCCUAGUGGAAUUCCAGCCUUUAAAUUCCAGUUGCGCAGAGAUACUAUUGACUGGAGACGGUUCAGUGCUAUUGAUGUGGAACGGGUGGCCCGCGAGCUGGAUCUUGCCACCCUCCAGGAAAAUAUCAAUAGUAUCACCUUUUGCAACCUGGAUGCAGAGAAGUGCCCCUACUGUCAGCAGCCAGUAGAUCCUGUCCUCUUAAAAGUCCUUAAGAUGGCCCAGCUGACCAUUGAAUACUUGCUGCACUCUCAGGAGUACCUGAGCAUGAACCUGGCACUCCAAGAGGAACAGCACCAGACUGCCCUUGAAGAUCUCAAGCGUCUCAAACAUGACUUGGAGAAGCAAGUGGAAGAGCUAAAGAGUGUUAAAGAAGAGAGCAGAAGACGAAAAAAGAUGAUUGCCACCCAGCAGCUGCUCUUGCAAGCUGGGGCCAAUAACUAUCACAAGUGCCAGCUCUGUGAUAAGACCUUCAUGAACUACUCCUUCCUUCAAGCUCACAUGCAGCGCAGGCACCCUGAAGCCACCGAGGCUGAGAAGGAAAAGAAGAAACAGGUGGUUCUAAUGGAAAGAGAAAUUGAAGAACUGAAAGUCAAGCUGAAGGACACUCAUGCCCAGCUAGAGGCUGAGAGCCAGUCCAGAGUGCAGGAAGCGGAGACUAUUCGCCAAAGAGAAGAGGAAGGAAGGAGAACAUUUGAGAGAUGGAAGGAGGAGGAGAGGAUAAAAUUUCAAGAGGAAAUGGAGAGUCUCAGGCAGCUGUUCCUCACUGAAUUCAAGGACAUUUCCAGCAGAAAUUCCACUUUGGAAGGGAAACUUCAGGAAUUACAAAUCAAGAAUACAGUGGCCUCCAAUUUGGGAAUGUUGCAAGAUGAUGACUCAAAUGACAAACAGCAGUGGAAUAAGAUGAGGAAGGAACUACAGGAAAUGAAGGCAAAGAUUGAACAACAGAAAACAGAGUGGAAGUGGAAACUGAAGGAACUCCAGAAAGAGCACAAGAUGGAGAAGGAAGAACUGAAGAAUGAGAAUGACAGACUACAGGCCUCCCUUUCUUCUGACCAGUGGAAGAUGGCUGAGCAUAGCAAGCAGCAAAUGGCAUCGUUCGCUUCACAACUCAGGGAACAGGCCAAGGUUAUCCAAUCACAGAAGAAAACAAUUAAGCUCCUGUCUUCAAGCAAAGCCAGAGAAAUUCAGGAGGUGCCUAAGGUAGAAAAGCCAGAAGAGUCUACUGAAGAAGAACUGGAAGAUACCCUGGACAGGAAGAAGAGAGUUCUAGAAGCACUGAGGAAGGAUCCAAACUUGCUGAAGCAGUUCCGGCCAAUUUUGGAAGAGACACUUGAAGAGAAGCUGGAAAGCAUGGGACUAAAGCGGGGUACAAAAGGUGUCUCAGCUCAAACCUAUAAAAAUUUGAAAGAUGUAAUAAAAAUGCAGCAACAGCAGAAAGCCAGAAGAUUUCCACAUUUCCUCACUUUGAGAGACAAACUUGAGGAAGAAGUGAAAGGGAAAGUGAAUUGGAGUCAGAAGGCUGAUAGUGAGAUGUCAUUGCCAUUCUCUGUAAUCUCAGGUUUCCAAUCUUCCCUUUUCGCUACAAGUCAGAAGAGCCCACGCUCCCCUGUCCAGGUUACAUCUUUUAAGCCCAGGGUGCAACAAAUUGAAUUACAACCUUAUGCCUUGGAGACCCCCAAACCAGCUCCUCGGAGCAAAGUAAGUUCCAUGGCUAGCUCAAUGGAGACUCCCAGGCUACCUUCUCCAAAGCAUGUCAGGAGCAGCCCACCUUCCCCUCAACAUUCUGCGGUCCAUCACCCCAGCACUUCACCUUUCAGCUCUGAAGAAGAUUCUGUGGAAGAACUGAGCUUUACUUCUCCAAAGCUCAGACCUUUCAAGGCAGAACCGGACUCUCCCCGAGUAGCACAGGAAGAAGAGAGUGAGUGGGACUCAUCUGAUGUAGAUUCACCAGAAGGAAAAGGCAGCACAGGGAAAGCUGUAGCUACUCCAUCAGAGACGCGGGUACAGUCCAUAGCUAAAACUCUGGAGAGGACACUGAAUGCAUCCAGAAGAAAGCCUGCUGGUGGAGUGAAACUCUUUUCUACCCAAACCAAAGAAGCUCCUAACCCCAGCCACUCCACUAAAAGACUUCAGUUUGUCGAUGAAGACAGUGACUUUGACAUUUCUUCCUUUGAAGAAAUCACCCAGCACUUGGACAACAAGUCAAAGAAUCAGCAAGCUGUGAAGAGUAGUGGAGAAUUGACUCAAGCUCAGUAUACCAGCAUCUGGAACUCCAGCAGCACAAGGGCUGGUGCCUGGUGAUUUUUGUCAGCCCAUAGAACUCAUUUGGGGUGGAACAGCACCCAGCGGCCAGCUGAAGAAAAGAAACCUGGAGCACACAGACAAAAUAAAGGAAAGCCACACUUUCCGAAGGGACCAAAGUCAUGUCCAAAUAUCUCAAGUCUUCUGCAUGUUUUUCCAUAGAACUACUCAAAUGAGGCAUUGUUUGCUAUAAUGUUUUCUGCCUUCUGCAGUCCCUCAUAUGGUGAGCUUCACAAAAACAAGACUGGAUUAUUAUUUUGCUAGGAGUCUGAGCCUCCCUGAGAGCAAAAACAAAUUCAUGGAGGGCAGGUCUUAUCAAUGAGGAGGAGGGCUAGUCUUGCGGUAGCGAGCAUGAAAUAUCCCCUUUUGUUAAAUAGGGUCUACCCUGGUUUGCAGUUGGAUGGGUAACUAUAUGUUAGCACUGCUUGUGCUCACAUAUACAUAUUCCCUUUAGGGCAGGGUUUCUCAACGUGUGGGUCCCCAGAUGUUAUUGGACUUCAACUCCCAUAAUCCCCAGCCCCAGUGGCCUUUGGUUUGGAAUUAUGGGAGUUGAAGUCCAAUUACAUCUGGGGAGCCACACGUUGAGAAACUCUGCUUUAGGGGAUGGGGAUGUAGCCCAUUGGUAGAGUAUUUGCUUGCAUGCAGAAGGUCCCAGGUUCACUCCCUGGCAUCUCCAGGUAGGGCUGGGAGAAACUCCUAUCUGAAACUUUUGAGAACUGCUUCCUGUCAAUAUAGACAAUACUGAACUAGAUGGGCCGGUCAUCUUCCUAUGUAAUGACUCCAAGCCACGUUGCCUGUAUUCCAGUUCUGAGGUGAUAUGCCUCUAGAAAGCACUCAUGAGAGGACUAUUUGCCUAUCUGUGCUUCUCGUGGCUUCCCAGAAGCAUCUGACUGGCCACUGUGGGGAACAGAAUGUUGUACUAGAUUGGCCUUCAGUACAGUUCAGCACAGCACAUACUGAAGCACAGCUCAUUUCUGUAUGAUUAUAUAUAGAAAUCAUAACCUUGUAUCCCAGUGGUCUUUGGUGGAAAUGGUUCUUCAAACACAGAUUGUCCUUUCCAUUUGGAUAGGGGUUUGUAGCUUAAUUCUUCAGUACAGAGACUACAGAAAAUAACCCAUGAAAUUGAUUGGCUUUUCUCACAAGCUCCAUAGAGUUCUGUAUUAAAAGAUAGCAUAGUUCCAGCAUUAUUAUUUUGCUUUGUUUCUUUCUAUAAGCUCCUAAUGGCUGUUGUUGUUGUUAUUAAUUUGAUUGAUUAAUUAAUUAAUUAAUUUGAGUUGCAGGCUUGUUUCCCAGAAACAUGGUGGUAGGAAAUGGUUUGAAAAUCAACUACCCCAUCUCGGUAGUUGGCUGGGAUUUGAGUAAUCAUAGAAGCCAGGGGAUGAAUUGUGACAGGAUAUUAUGGGCCUGAUGAAAUAGUCAGUUUGCUGAGCUGAAAGUAAGUAUUCUUGAUAGCUACAUGGGAGACUCUUUGAAAGGUUUCUUAAUGAACGUUCCUAAUACUGUAUAGGUUCUUUCUACAGUCAAAUAUCGAAUAUACUGGGUAAAAGGAAAGAGAAUGCGCAAACUAGAUAGCAUGUGGGCAUUGCAUUAUUUAUAUAGGUAGUUUCACUGAGGUCCAGUUGGAUUGGGACAGUGUGGCACUGGUGGGAAGAUUAUCUGUGUGUUUUCCCUAAUGGUAGAAAUAGCAGUUGAUGAUUAUUUACAUCAGGAGUAUGUUGUAGGGCAGCACCAUAAUUCCAAUCCAAUCCCUAUCCCCAGCUGCUUGUCAAAGAGAGGAGAAGGCUUCAUGAGAGUUUUUUUUAACAUCUCCUAUAGUUUUGCCCUAAGUAGUUAUAAUAUUAUGAGGAGUGAUCGAAAAAACUACUGCAUAGAGCUGGCCACUUGAUGGCACCAUAACUCAAGAAACAUGCAUCAUUUAUUUGAGAGACUGCAAAUAGUGCCGUGGUUUGUGGUUUUUUGUUUCUGGUGUGUGUGUGGGUGGGGGGUUAACUAGAGCAGGGUUUUUCAAGUUGGAACCUUCAGGAGACCCAGUGUAGUAGGACUGAAAGAUCCUCUAAAUUUGUCUAAAACAAAUUCCACAGUGCCAAAGAUCAGGGUUCAUCAGAAGAAUCCCCCCCCCACCAAAAAAUAACAUUUUUUUCUUGUUGAGGAUACUGUUAUAAAAAUGUGCUCAGUCCCAAACUUUUAUGAAUAUUUUGUCUGUAUUUGCGGUCUUUGCAAUUUAGCAUGCUGUCAGACUGUAAGCAGUUCUGGACUUCUCAGGCCCUGCUGAACUGGAAAAACAGAAAUAGCCAGCUGUAUGCAUAAAUCCCUGGAGUUUGGACCUUGGAUGAAAUUUUGAAGCAGUGUAAAUAAGAGGAAAAUAGUGUUUACUCUAAAAUGGCACACUUGAAUAGGUUCUACUAAUAUAAGACAAGAAAUUAAAUGUUUAAAUGUUAUGCAUUGUUAAAAUGUCAUCUUCUGGUCGUUAUCAUAGAGUGAAAACAUGAGAGCAAGAUUCUGUUCUGGAAAGAUGCUGGAGAUUUUCAGGCACAGAGCAUUCACUCUACAUGGAGAUUCAUGUCUAUAAAUGAUGCAGACUGCAUCAUUAUAGGAUUUUCUGGUUUUAGGAAGGGAAGAGUAUUUUUUCAAAAAAAUAUCAUAUGUUUUUACUACAGUGUUUGCUUUUCUGAUUGAAAAAUUGUUUGCACAUACAUUUGUGUAUUUGUCAAUAUAAACUAGCUCUACCCGACUCAGAGGCCAUAGAACCAUCAACUUUGCUGAAGAGGAGGAGACAGCAGAGCAAAAAAAUCAUCAUUGCCAUCUCCACCUGCUUCUGCUUUUCUAGAUGGAAAUGUUAUAUUUGUAUGAUGCCUUGGAGUCUUUGGAUGAAAAGUGGUGUAUAAAUUUUAUUCUGAUUUAGAAAUAUUGUUUGGUGGAAAGUGAAAGGGUGAAAAAUUGCAAGAAAAAAUGAAUGGUAUGGAAAAUGCCUCUUUCGGAUUCUUUACCAAAAUGAGUUAGGAUUUCAACACUUUUCAUGAUGUUUGUUUCUUCCCUUUGUUGUGUUACUACAGAAUUUAUAUAGUGCUGUAUAAAAAUUGUCUACUUUUAUCUUUGUAAAUCUGUAAAGUUUUAUAUUUGUAUAAAAGUUUAAAGAAACUGUAUAAACUAUUUACCUAUAAUAAUAUAUGUUAUGCCAUGAAUAAAAUUCAAACUUAAAACUU